AUGUCGCUGAACCUUGGACGAGUGCUUCGUGUUCACAAACAGUGCAUUCCUCUCUUCAUCCAACAACGAUGGCUGAAUCUUCAGGAAUAUCAGAGCAAGAAAUUAAUGGCAGACAAUGGUAUUUCUGUUCAGAAGUUUCAGGUGGCCUCAUCAAAAGAUGAUGCAGAUGCAAUUGCAUCACAGUUAAAGGUGAAAGAAUAUGUAGUGAAAGCACAGGUCCUUGCUGGUGGCAGAGGAAAGGGUGUUUUUGAUACUGGAUUCAAAGGAGGAGUUCACCUCACAAAGAACCCUGCAGACGUGAAGGCAUUGGUUGAAAAUAUGCUUGGACAUAGGCUGGUCACUAAACAAACACCCAAGAAUGGUGUAUUGGUCACCAAGGUUAUGGUGGCAGAAGCUCUUGACAUUUCUCGUGAAACAUAUUUUGCAAUUUUAAUGGAUCGAGAUCACAGUGGACCAGUUUUAGUUGGAAGUCCUAAAGGUGGAAUGGACAUUGAAGAAGUCGCAGAAAAGGAACCAGAGGCAAUUUUCAAAGAACCCAUUGACAUCAUGUCAGGACCACAGAGACAACAACUGCUGAGUUUGGCAGAUAAGCUUGGAUUUAAGGGUCCUAAACAACAGGAGGCUGCUGACCAGAUGGCCAGAUUGUAUGACCUGUUUUUGAAAGUUGAUGCCACUCAAGUUGAAAUAAAUCCAUUUGGAGAAACUACUGAUGGAAGAGUCGUUUGCUUUGAUGCAAAAAUUAACUUUGAUGACAAUGCUCAGUUCCGUCAAAAAGAAAUUUUUGCUAUGGAUUAUAUGAGUGAGAGUGAUCCCAGAGAGGUGGAAGCAGCAAAGCACAAUCUCAACUAUAUCGGCAUGGAUGGCAAUAUAGCCUGCUUAGUAAAUGGAGCUGGGCUGGCUAUGGCAACCAUGGACAUUAUUCAAUUGUAUGGAGGAUUACCCGCAAACUUUCUCGAUGUUGGAGGUACAGUAACAGAGGAGCAGGUGUAUAAUGCCUUCAAGCUAUUGACAAGUGAUUCAAAGGUGAAAGCUAUUUUGGUAAAUGUAUUUGGAGGUAUUGUCAACUGUGCUGUCAUCGCAAAUGGAAUCACAAAUGCUUGCAAGUCUAUCAAUCUGCAACUACCCCUAAUUGUGAGACUGGAAGGCACAAAUGUAGAAGAAGCCAAAAGGAUUUUAGAGAGAAGUAAUUUGCCCAUAACUUCAGCCACAGAUUUAGAUGAUGCAGCACAGAAGGCAGUUUCAAGUCUCUCCUAA